AUGCUUAAUACAUCUUAAACCAAAAGCUCUACUGAGACAACUAAUUCAAUAAUUAUUGAUUAAAAAUAUAGCAUAAUCAAAAAUAUAUACAGAGGGAAAUAAUACAAUAUGUAUUUAGGUAAUACAAGUUGAAUUUAAAAGAUAGCUAGCCAUCAAUAAGAAAUAGUUAGAUGAUUUCAAUUAAACAGAUUAAAAAGAUAAAUUUUACUUAAUAAAGAUGAAAAGGUACUUAUUCUUUAACAAUUAAAGAUAAACCCAACAAAAUGAGAUAAUUCCAGAACUAUAAUUUUUAUUAAGAUUGAAGGAUUGUAUAAAACUAUGUAAUAUUUUAUAGCCAACUGUGUCCCUAUCUUAGUAAACUAUGGAGAAUAAAUUAUAAGUGCUUAAAAAUAUCAUUAUCAAAUUCUAUAAAGACAUGGUCCUUCAAUUAAACUCAUAUACAAUUAUUUAUCUAAAUCUAUUCCUCUACCUAUAUUAUGUCUCAUUGCUAUAUAAACUGUAUUUAACAUCUUAGAAUUUAGUUAAAUUGUUUAGAAAUCAUACACAAACAUUAAAUUGUUCAUAGGAACAUAAGACCAAAAAAACUAUUACUCUCAACCAGUGGUAAUGAAAUUUUGCUUAGUGAUUUCAAAUUUGCUACUAAAUUUAAAUUAUAACAUGGAUCCAUCUGCUGUAUAGAAAAUUAUAAAUCCACUUCAAACAAACUCUUCCUUAAUAAAUACUCAAGUAUUAACCAACAUUUGAAUUAAUGUAAAUAUAUCUAUUAUAAUAUUAGUUCCUACACCAAAAGAUGAUUUAGAAUCACUUGCUUACAUCUUAUUAGUUUAUGCAACUAAUUCAAACAUCUUCAAAAUUAAAGCAGAUAAUAAAGCUUUGUAAUUAAAGAAAUUGGAGAAUAUUAAAUUAUCUAUCAUUCCUGAAAUUACUUUUAAAUCAGCUCCUAUUGAAUUUAUUCUCUUCUUAAACUUAGUUAAAACUAGCAAUACUAAUGAUUAUCCUCAAGAUUAUGAAAAGUUUAAAUAAUUAUUUCGCAGGGUUAUUCAAGCAAAUGGAUGUAAUGAAAAAGAUUUAUCAUAUCCUUUAUUUCAUAUGUAAUUUCAAGAAUCUCAUCCUUAAUAAUCAUAAAAAUAUCAAACUUAAGUUAGUAGAUUUAAGAAUUCCUAAAAUCAUAAAUAGAGUACAGAAUCAAUCUAAGAAUAAGCACCUGAUGAAGAAUUUUCUGUUUAUUAAUUUGAUAAUGUUGGAGAUGAUCGUACUAUAGAACCUGCUAUCAAAUCUAUAAGACCUUAAUCAUAUAAAAACUUAUCUACUCUUAAUUCACCUAAAUCUGAAUCAUAAAUUGUGAAACUCAAAUAUACUAAAAAAUGA